AUGCCCAAUAUACGUCCCCUGCCAGAGGCCCUGCAGAAAGUAGCCUGUGAGGAAUUAAAUGAAGUGUCCGAACGCAUUGAACAGGACUUGAAAGAUUUGCGACAAUGGAUUGAAAAGCAGCCCCAUUUAAGAGCUCGCACUGAAGAUCAGUUUCUCAUAAGUUUUUUGCGGGGAUGUAAACAUAGCAUGGAAAAGGCCAAAUCAAAAAUUGACAACUACUAUACGCUGAGAACAAAAUAUCCCGAUUUUUAUACCAUACAAAAUAUUGAUGAUCCUAAAAUGAUUGAACUUUUUGACUUGGGAGUUGGUGUUAAUCUGCCCACACCACUGAAUGAAACCGGUCCUCGUUUAAUGUACAUAAGAACAGGAUCAUAUUCCACCGAUAAAUUCACGUUUGCCGAUGUCAUGUGCUUAGCCAAUGGUACCCAGGAAAUUACCAUAAUCAACGAUGACUACUCUGUGGUCAAUGGAUAUGUGCAAAUUCUAGAUAUGGCCAAUUACACCACCGCCCAUAUGAUGCAGAUAACUCCCACGGUGAUCAAAAAGAUGUCAGCUUAUGCCGAAGAUGCCACACCCACGCGUCUGAAGGCGGUACAUUUCAUCAAUGCUCCGGCAGCUUUGGACAAACUUUUCAAUAUUUCCAAAUCAUUGAUGCCGCCCAAACAACAGCAAAGGCUACAUAUGCAUGGCAUCAAUUGGCAAUCAACUUUGUUCGAACACAUUCCCCAAAAAUAUCUGCCCAAUGAGUUAGGUGGAGAAAAUGGAUCGCUGGAAGAAAUCAUACAACACAAUAGGAAUAUAUUUCAAGAAUAUCGCGAUUUCCUUAUCGAAGGACUAAAAUACGGAGUAGAUGAAAAAUUGAGAAUUGGUCCAGUCCCUGAUUAUGAUCAAAUAUUCGGAGUUGAUGGUUCAUUUCGCAAAUUGCAAGUUGACUAA